AUGGAUAAUCUUCAGUCUAUAAUUGUGGGUUGGAUGGCCGAUGGCGGCUGGUGGCUGGCGAAGGGUAUCACGAAAAAUACCCAAGUCCUUCUCAAACUUCCUCUCAAUAACAUCAAUAAGCAGAUUACCCGCCCAGCCUACCGGUAUGUCACGAUGGUCAAAUCAAUCGUUAUAUUUGCAUUGGCCUUCUUCGCCACUGUCAAUGCUUGUGACACCGCCUGCUCUACCGCUACCGAUAAAGAUGGAAGAUGCUACUACUCCUGUACCGACGGGGUGUGCCAUUUAACCGCCUCUAGCCACCGUGAUAGCUUUUUAAACGCACUUUUAAUUGCCAAAUAUGACUGCGGGGCUGAGGGAGCCACUGUUUUGGUAUAUGACGUGAGGUUUCGUUUGUAA